CGCAGAUUAUCGCUUCGUAUAGGAAAACACCAGAGCUCGUGUGAUAGGGAAGACACUUAAAUACAAGGAAGGGGAGAAACGCCAACAAUGGGACGUUUUACUCGGAAAAAUCCCUCAAAUCCAUGGCAGGAGCUCAUCUUGUAACAUGUGGUCAGUUUUAAAUUUGAAUGGGGAGGAAUUAUAUACAACCGAUAACAAUCCCCUUUUAAAUUACCCCUCUCUCGAAAUUUGUGUAUUUACACAUACUUAGUGGAGGUACGCUAAUUUCACUAGCGGAUUCUUAUAAUUUUAAAUUCAAGAUGUGUUGAUCAAGAGAGUGCGUUAAAAUGAGCAAACACCGUCGUCAGUGUGAAACACAAUGGGACCAAUCAGUAAUUAUACAUUUUGGAUUUACAUAGCUAUUUAAACUCUUUAAUGAUCAAUGAUAUUGGGAAAAAUAUUUGCAUACAUAUAAAAGACGAAAUCUCCCUUUGGAAGUAUAUAAGAGGAAAUCCAAUGGCGUGCUGAUGUUGUGUGUAUAUAUUGUAAAUUUUAACGUCCAUGUGUAACCUAAACGUCUUCUUGCUUUUUUUGUGUGUUUUUGUCUUGUGUAGCCCAGUUUCUGUGUCAAAUGUAACUAAAUCACUUAAGAUUUCGUUCCUGGCCUCUCGUACCUACUUUGGUGGACUAUUAUACGGGGGGGCCUUUUAUCGUGCCAUUGAUGAUAUCAACAAGGAUGACCGUCUUUUACCCGGCUAUGUUUUGGAGCCGAUAUUUGCCGACACACAUUCGGAUAUUUUACAGACGGUGGGGUACAUGACAGAUCAUAAGAUUAAUGGUACCCUUGGUUUCAUUGGUCCAGAGGGGGCCUGUGGAAUCGCGGCCACCAAUGCUGCAGCCUGGAACAUGCCCAUGGUGGUAUAUAGAUGUCACGACUCUGAGUUAGCAGAGGAUCCUCAGUUAGAAAGAAGAAUCCGCCAGACAUUUGUAAGAACUGAACCAUCAACAUCCAAAGUCUCCAAGUCCAUAACCUCCUUACUACGCCAUUUCAACUGGCGCAAAAUCAGCCUCGUUCUGGGUAACAGAACAGUAUGGAACCAGACGGCAGAAGAUCUCAAAUCCUUAUUGAGGGAAAAUGAUAUCGAAAUCCGUAAAGAAGUUCUCUUUCAAGAGCCUUAUACCAAUAAACUAGAUAUGUCAGAAUACGUUCAUGCCACCGUCAUGUCAACACGAAUUUACGUUUUCCUUGGUGACUAUCAUGCUCUCAUAGACUUUGUCCGAAGUUUGGACAAACAACCAAAAGACAACGGAGAUUUUGCAGUCAUUACAGUUUUGGAUGAACAACCAACCUCAAAGCUUAAACACUUUUUGAAAACCCCGUAUGAGACAGAACUGAAGGAUGAACACUGGCAGGCCUUCCGCAAUGUUCUGGUUAUAUCCCCUCGUUCUCCCAGUAACCCGGAUUGGGACAAAUUUAUCGACGAUGUGCGCAUGCGUAACAUGGAGCCACCAAUUAGCCUGCCUCGCCCGCCACCUUUAUUAAACAUUACGAUUCAGCAGGUUGUUCCAAUUCACGCUGCCCAUUUGUACGAUGCCGUUAUGGUGUUGGCACGCGCUCUGGAUUCUGUUAUAUCAAACAAUGAAAGUAGCCUCAAAAACGGUAGAUCCAUUGUUUCAAACAUCCAGAAAGCUUCUUUUAAAAGUAUCCAAGGUUUUGAUGUUUACGUGGACGAAACAGGUGAGUCAGAAGGGAACUACUCACUUUUGUCCUUGACUUUGCCAGCUGAAGGUCAACCUUUUCUUGGUCCUGUCGGCUGUUUCAACAGAUACUCUAAUGAUCUUGGAGUGCCCGAGUUUGUACUAAAUAAAGAAAUGAAAUGGACAGAGGUUCUUAGAGAUGAGCCGCCUUGUGGAUUCGACGAAGAGAAAUGCCAAUACGAAACUGACUGGAGGCUAGCCACCAUAUGCAGUGUGAUAGCGGCAGCUGUCUGUGUUGGAAUGGUAUUUAUCUGCAGACACUACUUAUACGAACAAAAGAUAGCAAGGCUUCUUUGGAAACUAGAAUACAGAGAUCUUAUGUUCAUAGACAACGUUGAAGAAGUCAUCUCUCCGGCCAAACGAAAGAAGCGAAGUAGUGAAUAUUUCCCAAGUCUGUUCCCUAAAUAUUAUAGUUACUUAAUGGGUCUAUCACGAAGCGAUCUAAUAAAGAGAAAGUCACAAACAUCCUGGAGGUUCCUCAUCGAUGGUGAUGAAUCAGGGAGAUCAACACUUUUAGGUACCACAAAGUCUGACUCAGGAAGGUCAUUUUUCGGCAACAACAAGGCAGACAAGAAGAACAGUUCCCGUGGUUCAGUGGCUACACAUCCUGUUAAAGUGGGCUCCUACAAAGGGACCGUGGUCUCCAUCAAGAUACUGACCAGGAAGAACCUAGAUAUGAACAAGUCACUGAAGAAACAGCUGUACAUCAGAAAAGAACUCACCCAUGAUAACAUCAACAAGUUCAUAGGGGUCUGUGUGGAAUCCCCACAUCUUUAUAUAGUAACACAGUACUGUGCCAGGGGAAGCCUCAAGGAUAUUUUGAAAAAUGAGGACAUAUAUCUGGACGAUAUGUUCAUUGCAUCGCUCGUGGCUGAUUUAAUUAAGGGAAUGAUCUUUAUUCAUGAGAGUGAAAUUGGGUUCCAUGGAAACCUUAAAUCGUCCACGUGUUUGGUGGACAGUCGAUGGGUGCUCCAAAUCGCAGAUUUUGGUCUGCAGCAGUUGUUUAGCAAAGAAAUGAAUACCAAAGGGGAUACAGAAAGACAGUAUGAUGAAUUGCUAUGGACUGCACCAGAAUUGCUGCGUUCAAAAAAUGCUCACACGUAUGGAACUCAAAAAGGGGAUACCUACUCUUUCGCCAUCAUCCUGUAUGAAAUACACGGACGAGAAGGUCCAUGGGGAAAUACGAAGUACACGCCGGCAGAAAUCGUGAACCACGUGAUCCGUGACGCAGACGAGACCCCCUUUCGUCCUGACAUAACCCGGUUGUCAUGUGAAGACUUUAUUAAACAGUGUAUCACGGAAUGUUGGCACGAGGCCCCCGACUUCAGACCAGACUUUAAGUACAUCAGAGUCCGCCUGAAACCCAUGCAGCAGGGAUUAAAACCAAAUAUAUUUGAUAACAUGUUGGCCAUCAUGGAGAAGUAUGCAAACAACCUUGAAGCUCUGGUAGCAGAGAGAACUGAGCAGCUGUCGGAAGAAAAACAGAUGACGGAGAAUCUUCUAUACCGAAUGUUACCAAGGCCAAUAGCUAACAAGCUGAAGAGGGGUCAUUACGUAAAUCCCGAGUGUUACGACAGUGUAACCAUGUAUUUCAGUGAUAUUGUGGGCUUCACCGCCCUGUCCGCGGAGAGCACACCCAUGCAGAUUAUUGACAUGCUGAAUGAACUGUACACUUGCUUUGAUUCAAUCAUUGCUCAUUAUGACGUCUACAAAGUGGAGACAAUCGGUGAUGCUUACUUAGUUGUCAGUGGACUUCCGAUACGUAAUGGUGAUAACCAUGCAGGGGAGAUUGCAUCAAUGUCACUUAAACUCUUGUCAGCUAUAUUGUCCUUUAAAAUAAAACACAGGCCUGAUGAUACAUUAAAAUUACGUAUUGGUAUACAUUCAGGUCCAGUAGUAGCAGGUGUUGUUGGACUGCGCAUGCCCCGUUAUACAUUAUUUGGAGACACAGUAAACACUGCAUCUCGUAUGGAAACCAAUGGACUACCUUUGAAGAUUCAUUGUAGCAGUCAGUUUAAGGCGAUUUUGGAUAAGUUAGGAGGAUAUACUCUGUCAGAAAGAGGAUUCGUCAGCAUGAAGGGAAAAGGGGAUCAGUUCACUUACUUUUUGGAGUCUCAGGACGAAUCUUAUCGGAUCAAACGACUAGAAUCAAUGGAAAGAGCGACAAGUUUCUCGAAGAAACCCACAGUGAAUGUUGUUGCUUGUCGUAAAUGUAGUGGACAAGUUUGUGAUUCCUUCUCACUUGACAAUACCUAUGAGAAAUGUAAUGGAUACUCUGAUUAUUGUAGUGACUGCCUCAGGGACAGCAUGCCAAAGUUUGUGUCUGAACAGAACACCGAGUGCAAUGUUGGAUCUUAUGAGGACGACUUUCGGCAGAACCUGGAAAAUAAUAAUACUCGAUCUCAUUCCGAGACCUGCGAACUUUGGCGGGAAAGUGAAGUGCAAAUGCCAUUGAUGGACAGUAAUGGUGACUUGGGUUUUUAUAGACCCGGGGUUCUAUCAGAUGAAAGUGUAUUAUGAUCCUUAUAAUUUGUUGGCUUCUUACUUAAUAAAAGAUCAUAAUGACAUAUAUAAUAAGGAAAGAUGUGUGACAUACAUAUUAAGGAAAGAUACGUGAAAGAAAAAUCGAUAGUAUUUUGGUGUCCAAAUGUUAUAGAAAUGCAUUUCAAUGAGUAUUUUUAAUGUGAAAUCCAAUCAAACGUGACAGUAAUGAAUAAAUCUAGAAUGAUGUUGCAUGCAAUAGUUUUAUGCUGUUUGUGAUAAGGAAAUGAAUUCUAUUGUGUCUAAAUAAUUUCAUUUUCUAUGUGAAGUUAAAUUUAUCUCUUUUUAUCAUACCUAGAAUGGCUGGGUUUACUAUGAUGAAAUUAAAAGUUACUAAUGCUGGUAUAAUAGGAGUAAGAAUCUGAUGUAUCUUGCAGAAUGUUUAACAUGGUAUAUUUAUUACUAUUACUUUAUUAAUUAUUAUUAUUUUAGAAGUUUCAAAAAUUACAAUUGUUUGAAAGUGGACGAAUUGUUAUUGUCUUGUUGCAUUAAAUUUUAUUUCUGUCCAACUGCUUAAGUUUUAUAAUUGAUUUGUCAUAUGCAUUUAUUAUUAUGUAUUGUAAAAGAUGUACAGCAUGUAACAAA